AUGUGCUUUGGAGGAGGAGAUAAAGCCCCAGCAAAACCUACUAGCAAUGGAACAGGUACCACACCUCAAACACAAAAUACACCAGCUGCUAAACCACCAAAGAAGAUUUUGUUGGUAGGAGCAGGUGAUAGCGGAAAGAGUACCAUCUUUAAACAGAUGAGACUCAUUUACAACAAUGGCUUCACGACAGAAGAGAAGACCAAGAUUAAACCAAUGAUCUAUGAAAACAUUUUGCGUAAUAUGAUGGUCCUCAUUCAAGCAACCAAAUCUCUCAACCUUCCUAUUUCAACUGAAGAGAACAGACAACGAGCAGAAAAGAUUGAAGGAUUGGAACAAAAGAUUUUGUUGACAACAGACAAAGUCUGGGAUUCCAACUUGGCUCAAGACAUUGCCGAGUUGUGGAAGGAACCAGCAAUUCUCCAAGCAAUGGCAAGAAGAAAUGAAUUCCAAAUUGAAGAUUCUGCCUCAUACUACUUUGAUAAUUUAGAUAGAAUCGGAAAGGAUGACUAUAUGCCAAGCGAAGAAGAUGUAGUUAGAGCAAGAAUCAAGACUACAGGUUUGAUUGAACAACCUUUCACAUUCAAGAAUCUUCCAUUCUGUAUGAUUGACGUGGGAGGACAAAGAACAGAAAGAAAAAAGUGGAUUCACCAUUUUCAAGGUGUUGACAGCAUUCUCUUUGUUUGCUCAUUGAGUGAGUUCGAUCAAAAGUGUUACGAAGACGACAGCACAAACAGAAUGAAGGAAAGUUUGUCUCUCUUUGGAGACUACAUCAACUCCAAGUGGUUUGCUGAUACACUAGUUUACUUACUUUUUAACAAGCAUGAUCUGUUUGUGUCCAAGAUUAAGAACGGUUCUCGUUUGGCUGAUACAUUUGAGGAAUAUAAGGGACCUGAAAACGAUCCUGAUGCUGCUAAAGAAUUUAUCAAAGAUAUGUACAAAGAAAAGGACACUGAAAACAGAUUGCGAGAUGUGUUCUUUGUGACUGCAUUAGACAAGGCAAAUUUGAAAGAGCGUUUAGAACAGAUUACAUCUGACAUCCUUUCAGCAGAGAAUGAUCUUUAA